AGAUACUGAAGAUUCAGAAACUUGUACACAUGAAAUUUUAAUCUCUUUAAGCUCUCAAGCUGUUAAUUGUUUUUUGAUUUGAUUGUGAUCUUUUCUUUUUAUUUUUCUGUGAUUGUUACGUUCCUUUUCCUUCGAGGAACCUUCCAAGGAUUCACCAAAUGACUAAAAAUGAACGAAUCGUGUGUUUAUUCGAUGUUGACGGAACAAUUACACCGCCAAGAUUACCUAUUGAUCCUAAAGUUGAUGCUUUUCUGCAGAGACUUCGGACUAAAGUUGCGGUUGGCCUUGUUGGAGGAUCAGAUUUAGGCAAGAUUUUAGAACAAUUGGGAUACAAGUCUGGAACAAAUAAAAGCGAAGAUGUUAUUGCCAAGUAUGACUAUUUUUUCGCUGAAAAUGGUUUGGUGGCCUACAAAGAUGGUAAACUAAUUCACACAGAAAGUAUAAUCAGUUUACUCGGAGAGCUAAAAUUGCAAAUGUUCAUCAACUUUGCCUUGAAAUACAUGAGCGACCUUAAAUUACCCAAAAAACGAGGUACAUUUAUUGAAUUUCGUAAUGGUUUAAUUAAUAUCUGUCCUGUUGGUCGUAGUUGCUCUCAAGCAGAAAGAGAGGAAUUUGCAGAAUAUGAUCAGAUCCAUAAAAUCCGGGAAACUUUUAUUGAAGCCCUAAGGUCCGAGUUCUCUGGAGACUUUGGUCUUUCAUUUGCAAUUGGUGGACAAAUAUCUAUUGACGCUUACCCAGUUGGCUGGGAUAAAACCUAUUGUCUUCGUUUCCUACCAGCCAAAUCGUUUGACAAGAUUUAUUUUUUUGGAGACAAAACAGAUGAAGGUGGAAAUGAUCAUGAAAUAUUUAUGGACAGGCGAACAAUAGGUUUUAAGGUAACUAGUCCUGAAGAAACCAUUAAAAAAGUCUCCGAACUGUUUGAAGUUCCUAUUGAAUGAUUGAACCAAUGAUCGUCCAUUCAUUAUUAUUAUUUCUUUGUAUUGCCCGAUCGAUCCAUUUCCUAUUUUCUUUUCCCUGACUUCUGAUCAUGUGUUAUGUUUCUUAAACGAUAAAAAAAUCAGAUUAAGAUUUAUAUACUACAUGUAUAUAUUAUACGUGUACACAUCAGUGAGAUCUUUGUUCGAUUUCAUCGGGUUUCAAUGUUUAACUUCUAUUGAUUUAUAUAUUCAUAUUUUUUAAUCAUUCAUCUUAAAAGUCAACAUUCGAAGUUUAAUCUUAAUUAUGUUAUAAUAGUUGAAAAUGUGAAACAACCAAAACAAUUCAAGUAACCUUCCAUACACGUAUAUGAUUUUUUUAUCCGAUCAAAUUGACUUCUUUUUGCCUUCAAAUAUUUUUCCUUGCAAAGAUUUCCCUGAUUAAAUGUACAUUUAUGCAAUGUUAAACCAUUUCAAGCAUA